AUGGAGUCGUCAAAUAUUUCUCUGGUAAUGAAAGACAUUUUGCGGACUGGGAAAUACUCUGAUUUUACCAUAAAGUGCGAGGGCCACCAGUUCAAAGUGCACCAGGUCAUCGUUUGUUCUCAGUCUCCCUUUUUUGAUGCAGCUGUUUGUGGAGGCUUUCAGGAAGCUUCUGAUAAAAUUGUUGACCUCCCUGACGAUGAUUUCCAUACAAUCAGGCGCUUGAUAUCAUACCUGUACCUCCAGGACUUUGACCAAGAUGGGAGCGGCUCAUCCUACCAAGUGCUCAACGAAACUGGCAUAGUUGACCAUGCGAUCAGAGAAGGGUCGCCUAUGGAAAUCAAUAUAACUGAAACGCCAGAGACAAAGGCUCCUUCGGCUGCCGGGACUGAUGAAGUCCCAUACAAUAAUCUUCACGUAUAUGUGGCUGCGGACAAGUUCGGUAUUGAUUCUUUGAAGAAUCUGGCAAGAGAUCGCUUGGCCAGCUGGUUACAACGCAACUGGGACAAAGAAGAAUUCCCUCAGGUUGUGAGAAGUGUCUUCCAGUCUCUGCCUCCACAUGAAUCGCAACUUCCCGAUAUUAUCACCCAUUUGAUAUCUGAAAAGGCCGAAGAUUUACUCAAGCAGGAAUCGGUGUUGGAUCUUUUGCAAGAAUUCGGGGGGCUUGCUAUCGCAGUGUUAAAAGAGGUUGUUGGAUACUUUCAAAGUUCUGAGGCAGAGCGUAAACGGUUGGUCGCGCUCUGUGUGGAAAACACAUUCGGGAAUAGCUUGACGUACAAACUCAAUGGGAUCUCGAGGUGCAGACAUUGUCAGGCGGCAUUCAAUCUUCGGGUAGAAAGAGAGACAAUAGGCUUCGGGACGGUCCGAUGCGGGAUUUGUCGAACUCGUCAUUAG